AUGAACAAUUUGGAUACUCCUCUUGAUGCAAUUAAAGAAGCAGAGGCUUCAUUUGCCAAACUCACCAUGGAAGACAAGCUCUCUCAUCCACCACCUGACAUUGUUUCGCUUUGCACUCUGAAUAUAAAGCGAUUGAGAUUAUCAAAUACCAUGCUACUGCCAACAGAGACAGCUGUACUCAAUGACUAUCAGGUACGAGCAGAGUACGUAGCCAUCAAUUGGAACUGUUCUAACUUUUUCAAUGGAUUAUUUAGCAGAUACACAGCAGCAAAGACGACGUUUCGCAGCCGCCAAGCAAGUACAAAGUUCGUUCUUUUAGAGUAA